AUGGACAUCGUGGAGAAAGUCUUCUCUGUGGCCCAGGCCAUCCACACACAAUUCGAGCAGGUGAAGUGCUGUAAGCACCAGUGCCAGCGCCUCGUGGAGCGCAUCCAGAUCCUGCUGGAGCCCGUGAGGAUCCUCAAGGCUCAGCCGACGAAGCACAUCUCCUACCACGAAGAGGAACUGUUGAAGAAGCUGCUCUGGACAUUGGGGGAAGCCCAGAAACUGGUGAUGAAAUACAGCCAGACCAGCUGGAUCCAGAAGUUCCUGAGAGCUCACAGUGCCAGCGAGGAGUUUGUCUGGGUGAAUGAGAGUCUGGAGGACGUCGCCCAGGGGCUCUCGCUCCUGCUGCAGGCAGAGCAGAAGCAGGCUUUCCUGGAGGCUUUCCAGGCAAAGACCUGUCGCAGGCAGGACGCUGAGGACAUGAAAGAUGACAGGGCUUUCUUGGACCAGGUGAUCGCAAGUACUGAGGAGCCUGAAGACAUGGCCAAGGAGAUCUACAUCGACAGACAAUGUAUGGAGAGCAAGGUAGACUGGAUGCAAAGCGAGCUGAACAAAAUCGUGCGCGUGAUGGAUUGCUUGAAGAAGGUCAAUGUUGGUAAAAGAGAAGACAUCACCGAGAUCAAGCGGGACCACCUCACCUUCUACAGACACCUGCAGGACACCAAGAGCUACGACCUCUACAAGGGCGAGUACCUCAAGUACCCUGUUGCCAUCAAAACCUUCAAGAGGCCGCUGACCACCGACCCGGUGAAGGUGAGAGACAUCUUCGAGAAGGAGAUUCAGACCCUGAAGAAGUUUGAGUCUCCAAACAUCCUGCGCAUGUACGGGAUCUGCAUUGAGGAGAAAGAUGGGAGCCCCUGCUUCUCCAUCGUCAUGGAGUACUGUAAGCACGGGACACUGCGGGAUGUGCUGACCAAGCAACGGCAUCUCUCCUGGGAUAUCCGCAUUCGGAUGGCCCUGGGAGCUGCCAGGGGCCUUUACAGGUUGCACCAGACGGAGGAGAAGUCCCGACUCCACGGCUGCGUCUGCAGUAGCAAGUUCCUGGUGGCCGGGGAUUACUGUGUGAAGCUGUCGGGAUUUGAGCUGUGUGAAACGGAGUCUUCCAUCAAGAGGAAAGCCAAGAAGAACUGGAAACAAGUCUCUAUGUUGGCUUACAUCGCCCCUGAGAACCUGCAAGACAUCAACUACCCCUACAAGAGGCCCUGUGAAAUAUACAGCUUCGGGAUCGUGCUGUGGGAGAUUGCGACCUCCAAAAUCCCAUUUGAAGGCUGCACUCCCCAGGAGAUCACGGAGAAAAUCUGCAACCACCAUUACCGGGACCCUGUUGGGGAAGAUUGUCCUGCAGACCUGCGGAAAGUCAUUGACCAGUGCCGGGCCUUUGACCCUUCCCAACGCCCUUCUGCAGAGGAUAUCGUGGACUUGCUGGCUGACCUGGAGAAAAGCAGAAACCAAGGAAGUUAA